AGGCGGGGGGGCCGCGUCUCUCCCUCCCCCUUAGGGAGAAGGGGAGCGUCGGCGGGCGGCGCGGCCGUCCCUCCCCCGCGGGGGCGAACGGGGAGAAGGACGGGCCCGUCCAUCCGUUAGCCAGGGCGGCCGACCGCUUCCCUUCCCGUGGGAGCCCUGGAGGAGGAGCGGGAGGGAGGAGCAUGGAGUGGGGUUACCUGUUGGAAGUGACCUCCCUGCUGGCCGCCUUGGGCCCGCUGCCGUGGUCGAGCGCCGCGUCGGCCAAGGAGCUGUCGUGCCAGGAGAUCACGGUGCCGCUGUGCAAGGGCAUCGGCUACAACUACACCUACAUGCCCAACCAGUUCAACCACGACACGCAGGACGAGGCGGGGCUGGAGGUGCACCAGUUCUGGCCGCUGGUGGAGAUCCAGUGCUCGGCGGACCUGAAGUUCUUCCUGUGCAGCAUGUACACGCCCAUCUGCCUGGAGGACUACAAGAAGCCGCUGCCGCCGUGCCGGGCCGUGUGCGAGCGGGCCAGGGCGGGCUGCGCGCCGCUCAUGCGGCAGUACGGCUUCGCCUGGCCGGACCGCAUGCGCUGCGACCGGCUGCCGGAGCAGGGCCAGCCGGACACGCUGUGCAUGGACUACAACCGGACCGAGGGGGCGGCCGCCACGGGGGCGCCCACCCGACGCCCCCAUCCUCCUCCGCCGCCGGCGCCGCCUCCUCCGCCUCCUCCCCCGCGUCCUCCUCCGCCUCCUCCGCCGCCGCCGCGCGCGGCCGCCGAGGGCGCGCUCCCGGGCGGCGGCGGCGGCGGCGCGCAGGGCCCGCGCCCCUGCGAGCCCGGCUGCCGGUGCCGCGCCCCCAUGGUGUCCGUGUCCAGCGAGCGCCACCCGCUCUACAACCGCGUCCGCACGGGCCAGAUGGCCAACUGCGCCCUGCCCUGCCACAACCCCUUCUUCAGCCAGGACGAGCGCGCCUUCACCGUCUUCUGGCUCGGCCUCUGGUCGACGCUCUGCUUCCUGUCCACCUUCGCCACCGUGUCCACCUUCCUGCUGGACAUGGAGCGGUUCAAGUACCCCGAGCGGCCCAUCGUCUUCCUGGCCGCCUGCUACCUGUUCGUGUCGGUGGGCUACCUGGUGCGGCUGGUGGCCGGCCACGAGAAGGUGGCCUGCAGCGGGGGCGCGCCCCCGGCCGCCGAGAACGGGCCCGGCGGGGACGCGGCGGCGGCGGCGGCGGCGGCGGCGGCGGCGAGCGCGGGGGCCGCGGCGGGCCCGCGUGGCGAGCACGAGCCCCUGGCCGGCGUCGGGCAGCACGUGCGCUACGAGACCACGGGCCCGGCCCUGUGCACCGUCGUCUUCCUCCUCGUCUACUUCUUCGGCAUGGCCAGCUCCAUCUGGUGGGUCAUCCUGUCGCUCACCUGGUUCCUGGCGGCCGGCAUGAAGUGGGGCAACGAGGCCAUCGCCGGCUACUCGCAGUACUUCCACCUGGCCGCCUGGCUGGUGCCCAGCGUCAAGUCCAUCGCCGUGCUGGCCCUCAGCUCCGUGGACGGCGACCCCGUGGCCGGCAUCUGCUACGUGGGCAACCAGAGCCUGGACAACCUGCGGGGCUUCGUGCUGGCGCCGCUGGUCAUCUACCUCUUCAUCGGCACCAUGUUCCUGCUGGCCGGCUUCGUCUCCCUCUUCCGCAUCCGCUCGGUCAUCAAGCAGCAGGGCGGAGCCACCAAGACGCACAAGCUGGAGAAGCUGAUGAUCCGCCUGGGCCUCUUCACCGUGCUCUACACGGUGCCCGCCGCCGCCGUGGUGGCCUGCCUCUUCUACGAGCAGCACAACCGGCCCCGCUGGGAGGCCACGCACAACUGCCCCUGCCUGCGCGAGCUGCAGCCCGACCAGGCCCGCCGCCCCGACUACGCCGUCUUCAUGCUCAAGUACUUCAUGUGCCUCGUCGUGGGCAUCACCUCGGGCGUCUGGGUCUGGUCCGGCAAGACGCUCGAGUCCUGGCGGGCCCUGUGCACGCGCUGCUGCUGGGCCAGCAAGGGCGCGCGCGGCGCCGACGCCAACGCCGUCGCGGGCGCGCCCGGGGCGCCCGCGGCGGCGGCGACGGCCGUCGCGGGCCCCUUGGCGGCCGGAGGCGGCCCCGGCCCCGGCUCCCUGUACAGCGACGUCAGCACGGGCCUCACCUGGAGGUCGGGCACGGCCAGCUCGGUGUCCUACCCCAAGCAGAUGCCCCUGUCCCAGGUCUGAAGAGGCCGGGAGCGGACCCCCGGGGUGGGCCCGAGGAGGCUGAGGGGGCUCCCGACCCGCCCCUUCCAUCCAUUCCUAUCAGCGGCCCGAUAACCCACCCCGAGUGGUAUCCGGUAGCCGGGACGGACCGGACUCGGUUAGGACGACGUCCCCGGCCUUGAAGACUCCCAUACGCCCCCUCUCCCUAAUCCCAUCCCUCCUGCCACUGCCAGGCAGGGAGCACGGCCUGCGAGGCCUGCGAGGCCUUCGUUUUCCUGUCAGGCCGCCUCGUGUCGUCGUCGUUUUCCUGUCAGGGCCGCGAGGCCUUCAUUCUCCUGUCAGGCCGCCUCGUGUCGUCGUCGUUUUCCUGUCAGGGCCGCGAGGCCUGCGAGGCCUUCGUUUUCCUGUCAGGCCGCCUCGUGUCGUCGUCGUUUUCCUGUCAGGGCCGCGAGGCCUUCGUUUUCCUGUCAGGCCGCCUCGUGUCGUCGUCGUUUUCCUGUCAGGGCGCCGAGGCCUGCCGGCCGCCUCGUGUCACCGGGCCCGCCCCGGAAGACGGCCACACGGCGACACGUUUCACCGGAGGAUUUGGUUUUGUGUGUGUGGGUGCGUGUGUGCGUUUCCCCCCCCCUUCCCCACCCCUGCCCCUCUCCCUCCUCGAAGACAAGCGACCGUGGUCGGACGGGACCCCCGGCCUCCGCGCCCGGGCCGAUGCCUUAAAACGACAACGACCGCCGCGAAACAAUCAACGUGUCUUAAUCAUACACCCCAAGUAAAUACGGGUUUCGUACAUUAAAGGAUGUAUUUAUAUAAUUAUUUGUUUAACUUGUAAAAAAAAAUCUGUAAAAUAUGUACAUAGCCAAAGCUAUUCCAGUCUGUACAUUUCUUUUGUAAAAAGUUUAGAGGCUACCCCUGUAAGAACAAAUAUUUGAGUAUUCUAUUUUGUCAAUAAAAUGACUUUUGAUAAACGAGUUAAACUUCCACCCUCUCCCCCCCCACCACACUGUGAGCUAAUGAUUACUUUCCACUCCAGAAAGGAGUUUUCUGCACCUUUGAUCAGCUAGUUCUCUGCUUCAUGGGGAACUGCGGGCCUGAGGGUGUUUGAGGCCCCCCCCAGACUGCUGCAAAGCGGUGAUUCCCCACCCCUUCUGUGCCCGGUUAUUUGUCCCGUACAGUAUGACUAAAUGUUGGGG